ACAAAAAUCUGUCACAAUGACAAGAGCAACAAUGGUUGUUAUGUUUUGAUUGAAAUUCUAAAUUAAAUGAUGGCCUGUUGGCUUAUAGUUUACACAUGCCAACUGGUGUUAGGGAUUCUGGUGCAUGGUCUGGAUGUACAGGGCCAGCCGCACAGGGGCCACAGGAUUUGUAGCUCUUAUGGAUACCAACUGGUCGAAGGUAUCUUCGGUCAUGAGACAUAUUGGCUGUGUUUGAAGCUUAAAGCGAUUGGGUCUUCACCUCUUGCAAGUCAGCAGACCGCUUUGCUGAUAGACCCGGAACCAGAAGAUUUGAAGCAAGGAGGAGAUCAAACUCUAGCAGACAUCACUAUGGCCUACGGUUUCCCUGUCGAAGACCCGGCAGCGGGCUCAGCUGAGGGCUAUAUUGGGGAAGAUCAUCAGUUCUAUGGAGUUCUACAUUUAGGUAAUCGUACAUUACAUGCCGAUCCAUACGGCAAGGACAACUUGAAUAAAUCAUUCGGAGCGUUUGAAAACGACCACAUGGCGGCGCCAGUGCGCCCGCGACGCGAUCAUACCCAGCAAGAGACAAUGAAACCAAUAUUCCCGUAUCAAAUUGAAGAGCACAGUAAGAACGUUGGCAUAGCAACAGCAAGGAUAUGCGAUCUCUUACUGCUAGCUGAUAAAGAGUUCUUCGAGAAGGAUGCUAACUCAAGUCUGAACCACGUGGUGCGGCGUAUGAUGCACGCGGUCGCACAGGCUGAUAUUAUAUUCAGAAAUGCGGAUUUCGAUGAAGAUGGCAUCCCUGAUAAUAUUGGUUUCUCCGUCAAAUACAUACUAGUGCUAACAUCAAAUGAAACAAACUCUCGUGUAUUCGGCGACCUACUCAAAGAUCGAGCAAUCGAUGGUAGAAACUAUUUGAUGCGUUUUGCAAGACUGCGCCGGCUAUCUGAAGUCUGUCUCGGGGUAGCUUUCUCUGGACACGUCUUUCAUAACAGAACUCUAGGAUUAAGUUUCACGUCACUAGGCGGUGGCAUGGGGGGCGCGGCAGGUGGUCUGUGCGAUCGACGCGCUUACGGCCGCUCCUUCAACACGCUAGCCCUCGCGCACGCUACAGCAGAGGACAAGGAAAGAGUGCCAGAACGAAUUGCUGCACUCACAUUAGCUCAUGAGAUGGGUCACAGUUUCGGUGCCCAUCACGAUGACAACUUCCCUAAUCCUGAAUGUCGUGGCUACCUAAUGGGCUCCCAGUCGUCUACUACAGAAAGCAUACAUCACUUUGAGUUUUCUCUAUGCAGCAAACGACUGAUUGCUGCCACGCUUAGUAGUAUGAGUUACUGUCUUAUUGAACAGGAUAGACCUUAUUGCGGCAAUGGUAUCGUGGAAGAAGGUGAAGCAUGCGAUUGCGGUCUACCUUCGCACUGCAGCCAGAGAGACCCGUGCUGCACGCCGCGGGCGGGCGGCGCUCUGGUAUAUGAGGAAGGGGCGUUGCACAAGGAAGGUUGCUCGGUAGCGCCGUCGGCGACCUGCCAUCCUUCGCAAGGGCUGUGCUGCAAUGCCGAUUGUCAAUACGCCGACCUCAAGGAGCAUGGUAUUGAGUGCAGCGCCCAGUACGAUGAAUGCCGGUGUCAGAACUCGUCGCUAUGCCCGUGCGGGCUGGGCGGGCGCUGCUUGCCUGACGGCUCCUGUCACGCGGCGGAGUGCGCGGAGCUCGGCCUCACUGAGUGCAGGUGCAGCAAGCGAGGCACGUUGAAUUAA